AUGCAGACCUGGGCCCCACUUCCUCUAGUCGCUUCUCUGGCGUUGAGCAGCCUCUUCAUAUCCGGUACUCUCGCACUACCUGGCCCGCGCGUAGAAACAAAACAGGGCAUAGUCACUGGCUUCCAAGACGCAGAAGCGCCAGAAGUCGCGCAGUUCUACGGAAUUCCCUACGCCAAAUCACCAAUCGGAGAACGUAGAUGGCUUCCAGCUUUGCCCAAAGAGUCUUUCGGAACUCUAGACGCCUCGGUACGGCGUCCAUCUUGUCCGCAGACGGAUCCGCCCCGCGGCGGAGGCGCAUGGUCUGCCGAGUUCUUGAUUCGACCCAACAGCACCAGCGAGGAUUGUUUGACUCUUAAUAUCUGGACUCCAACUGAGUCUAAGGAAGCUCUGCCAGUUGUUAUCUGGAUUCAUGGCGGUGGCUUUACUGAGGGAAGCAACGAUAUUGCCUACCAAACCCCAACCCGAUGGGUACAAAGAAGCCAGAAGCACAUUGUUGUUGCCAUCAACUAUCGCCUGGGAGUUUGGGGGUACCCAAAUGCUGCUGGUCUGAACCUCACGCAACAGAACCUAGGACUUCUUGACCAGCGAUCAGCCACUGAAUGGGUGCGGGACAAUAUCGCAGAGUUUGGCGGCGAUCCCGAACGUAUCGUUCUCUGGGGCCAAAGUGCUGGAGCCGCAUCGGUUUCCUAUUAUCAGUACGCCUACCCCGAUGAUCCUAUUGCCAUUGGCUUCAUCAAAGAUUCGGGAGCACCCUUUAUCCCGAUCGGAAGUACCGAUACAGUACAUGGCAACUUUACCUCCUUGGCAGCCGCGUUCGGAUGUCAAGAGGACGAGCUUGGCUGCUUGAGAGAGGUCCCUUUUCGGAAGAUACAAGAGUACCUCAACCAAGCUGGUGAUUUGACGUUCAACGUUAUCAUUGACGAAAAUACGAAGUUCUCCGACUACGAAAAUAGGACUUUGGAUGGGAGAGUUGCGAAAGGCCCCUCAAUUGUUGGCUCGACCAGGGAUGAAUGGAACUUCGCCGGUAGUUCCACCGGCCCUCCAACAAAUGGAUCAGACGUAGUUCCUGACAAUCUGUUCGGUUGUCCAGCACACUACGAGACCGCCCUGCGAAACUUGGCUGGCCUCAAGACCUACCGCUACAUGUAUUCUUCAAAUUUCACCAACAUCAUGCCUGGGGGGCAGGGUGCCUUCCAUUCCGCUGAACUUCCUCUUAUUUUCGGGACCCAUGACAUUGCGCGUCAAAAUUCCACAGCGUUCGAGUACGCAGUCAGCGAAGAGAUGCAGGACUUGUGGUUGUCUUUCAUUGUAAACCCCGAAGAUGGGCCGCUUGCUGAAGGCUGGGAAGUGACACCUCUUGGAGACCUUGAGACUGUUCAGACAGGCAUCGACAUUGGGUAUAACGGCUCUGUUGUACAACCGUUUUCUUGGAGUGCCUGGCAGACUUCCUGCCUCCGCGAUGUUGUUGCCUAA